UCGGGAUGUCCUCAGCCUCCGCUUGGCUCCCACAGGUACGACGCUGGCCGGGACGGCUUCAUCGACCUGAUGGAGCUGAAGCUGAUGAUGGAGAAGCUCGGAGCCCCGCAGACCCACCUGGGCCUGAAGAACAUGAUCAAGGAGGUAGAUGAAGAUUUUGACAGCAAGCUCAGCUUCCGGGAGUUCCUCCUGAUUUUCCGCAAGGCAGCGGCUGGGGAGCUGCAGGAGGACAGCGGGCUGCACGUGCUCGCCCGCCUCUCCGAGAUCGAUGUCUCCACUGAGGGCGUCAAGGGGGCCAAAAGCUUCUUCGAGGCCAAGGUCCAGGCCAUCAACGUGUCCAGCCGCUUCGAGGAGGAGAUCAAGGCGGAGCAGGAGGAGAGGAAGAAGCAGGCGGAGGAGAUGAAGCAGCGGAAGGCGGCCUUCAAGGAGCUGCAGUCCACCUUCAAGUAGCAAGGGGCUGCGGCCUGACUGCGCGGCCCCGGCCCUGGCGCCCGGUCCAGCCAGCAGCGGGGGCGGACUGGAGGCCAAGCCUGAGUCCCGGGCUCUGUCUAAAGGGACCACACUGAAAACCUACAAAGUCUGUGAACGGAGCCAGCUGAGGGGGGCCCCAGGUGGCCCGGCGCCCCCUGCUCCCUUCCCCUGUUCCCGAGGCCGGGCCACCAGUGCUGGCUCCUUGCCUGGCCCAGCCCUCUCCUGCGAUUCCUGCGUGUCUCUCGCCCCCGGCCGCCCUCUGCCCGCUCCAGCUCCAGCGCUGCAGUGCUCUGAGCCCAGCCCCUGGCCCUGGGGCGCUCCCUGCCCCGGGUGCCUGCCCUCGCACGCUCUCCUCCUCCCUGCCCAGCCCAGCGGCCACCUGCCCUGAACCUGCAGGCCGCGCUGCCCCUGGAGCCCUCCGAGCCGCUUCCAAGCCUGGGGGAGGACAGGCGGCAAGAAUGUGGGGGGCUCUGGCUCCAGUAGAGCAGGACCGAGGGGCUAAUCAGAGGCACUAGGGCUCCCCACCCCCGACGACUGUUCCUACAGCCCUGCCUCCUCUUUCUGCUGGUGGGGGGGGGGGGGGCUUCUGUUCUGGCAGAGGGACCCAGGCCCCUGCACCCCAUGUUCCCACGGAGGCCCCAGCGCUCUGGGACCCAGCCAGGCAGGGUGAGGGGGCAGCUGUGCCGAUCUACCUCACGGGCCCACACUCUGCCGGCCGUGCCAUGGAUCAUGGGCAGGGAAGGCUCUGGGGGAAGAAGCGCCACUCCCUAGUCUCCCUGGAACCACGUGAGGGUCCCAGGGGCUCUGGAGAGAGCAGGGUGGGGAGGAGGGAUUGGCCCCUUCACGGGGAAGGAAACCAGCACCCGGCUUCAUUCUCCAGGGCACGUCCAAGAAGUGCUUUAAGUGGUUUGCACGGACCAGGCGGUGGGGAGCAGGGCCUUGCUUGGCCCCUUCAUGCCAUCCUUCCCCAAGUGAUGGGCACCGCCUUGUCACCAGCGACGGGACCUGUCCCGUCAACAGCCCCCCCCCGCGAGGAAGCAUGGGGACCCCAGCCCUCCCUGUGCCCAACCCCAGACAGGCGACGGCCAAGCCUGUGCCACCAGCCCAGUCCCAUGCGGCUUCCAGUGUGCUCACUUCCGUGCGUGCGUGUCCGUGUGUGCGCGUCUGUGUCCGUUGCCGUGUCGUGAAACUAUGCCUGUCACCCAGUCCAAACAAGUGAAUGGCCAUCAAGGCCACGGUUAUGCAACUUUCGGUGUGUGUCAUGACGUCACUGCUUUUUAAACUUGAUAACUCUUUAUUUUAGUAAAAUGCCCCAAGAGUCCACAAAACUCCUGUUGGAUUUGCAGAGGUUUUAUUUUUUUGGCCUUAGAAUCUGCAGAAAUUAGGAGGUACUGACCCCAGUGCAGCAGCCUUGGCCCUGGAUUGCGUUUGCCUUAGCGGAUGUGUUUAUACAGAUGAAUAUAAAAAGUUCUUUUUCUUUGGCUUACUGCUUUUUUUCCCCUCCCUUCUCACCUUCCCCGAAAGAAAGCUACUUCUUCAUUUGGUGGUACAAUUAUUUUUUUUAACUAAAAUAAGAUAAAAGUCUAUAUUCUUA